AUGUUGGGCUCCUUUGAAAGCUUCACGAUGUCCUUAUAUCCGAUACCGCUCUCAAUGAGCGCCUCUACACCGCCAAAACUGCUACCGGCAGCAGAUUCGUACUUUAAAAAAGCGUUGUUUCCUUCACGUCCUCCUAAAAACAAAGUCGUCUGAAAACGUCCUCUCAGAAAGGGAACCAACAAUAAAUUCAGACCUCGGGUCAUCUCGACAGCUCUGGUUGCCCGACCGAGCAUGUAAAAAUUUGACUGACCAGUGCUUUUCCUUUCCAAGAGGUUCGGCUCCUUCCGUGGGGCUUUACCCGGAUUAAGCUGUGAUUUCAGCUUGAAAUACUCCUGA